AAAAUAUCGUCGUCGUGAAAACAGGCUCUCGGUGGAGAAUUCAGCGAUCGAUCGAAUCCGUAUCUUUCGGUUCCGGUUUUCUACUAAUAAUGGCCCGCUACCUUGGUUUAGAUAAACUCAACAAGCUGUACACCUAUGUCCGCGAUAAUGGAGGUAUUCGGGCCAGUUUGUACAAACUUUACAGGAUGGACGAAAUGAAAUCGGGACGAAUGGUUGGCGAGGACAAGUACGGGAACAAAUACUACGAAGAUCCGUCGCAAUUCUACGGCAGAAACCGCUGGGUGGAGUACGCGCCGCAUUUCAACAUGGAGUACGACGGCUCGCAAAUCCCGGCUGAAUGGUUCGGAUGGAUGCACUACAAGACCGAUCUUCCUCCGAAUCGAGACGGCAAUCGUCCCAAGUAUGCCUGGAUGCUGGAUCACAGCGAAAACGUGUCGGGAAGGAAAGAGGCCUACAUGCCGUAUUCAACAACGCGCCCGAAAGUUGAGGCAUGGGAUCCCAAAAAACCGCAGUCAAACUAAAAUUGUCUCAGUCUGUAAGGAGAUGAUUGUAAAUAAGUGUUAGAAGCAACCGGAACCAACGGUAAAUACAGAUGUUUGCCAAUGGCAUAAAGCGG